GACUCCACAGCCGAAACGUUGUGUUUCUUUUCUUCUCUUUUCAGCAGGGAAUAAGAUGAAAGAAAAUGGUUUCCUAGUUGAAAAUUCCAUCGGGGUUCAGAAAACAUUCACUCCAGAACCUAGGCUCAAGAAAAGAGGGGUGCAUUAUCAACUUAGCUGUGCGCGUUAAACGACACAGCCAAAGACCAUUAAAGUACUUAAAGAGACACCGAGAUGUUAAAAUGAGGGUCCAGUGCAAAUAGCAGGGUGUCAUACACAUACUCAUGCUACUGGAGAUAAAACUUUGUGCCCUCAAGUAGCAUUUUGGUUUAACAGCACAUGUACUAUAAGAAGUAGUACAUGUGCUAUUAAACCAAAUUUGCUGACAGAAUAAAGGAACAGUCUGUUUAGAGGUACACGCCGGGGGUGAUGGAGGUCACUAGGAGCAGGGGUAUUAAUCUCCGCGACAGGCCACGACACGUGGCCACAAUUUCACGCGAAUGAAAGGUGGAGCGUGGCAGGCACAUUAAGUGCGAGUCACGUUUCAAUAUAAAGGAAAGGGAGAUCAAAGACUGAAACGAUGCCCGAUACUUCUUUCAGUAUCGAAGGGACAUUCUAUUUCCCAACUACCAUCAAAACGUUUUAGUCGUUUUAAACGUGUGUUUUCUAAUGGGGGCGUUAACACUCGGCAACAAAACCAAAGUCGCUGAGAAAUGUUUUUUGACACACGUUUUCACCGCCCACGUUCCUGCGCCGAUGUCUUGCUGUGGCGUUACUCUUCAUCUGCUGGGCCCGCCGCUAAAACUCUGGCCGGGUAACGGAAGCAGGAGGCUGGCGAUCGCCGUUAACGACAGCAGUCGAACCGGGCUCGCCUCGGCCUCGGCGGGCCUCCUGCGGCCCACGGCGGCGGGGGGGGGAGGUCCCCUCCUCCCGCCCUCGGGUGCUGAUGCGGCCAGCUUUUCCGUCGCUGGAGGAGGAGGGCGAUGCGUAACGUCUCCGCGCAGAGAAAACCUUUACGCACUUCGGAUGUCAGCCCGGCUUCAUUGGCUCCUCGAAUACAAAAUAGGAGGGACGUUUUCCCAGCCGCAGCCAGCGCCAGCAGAUAAAAAGUCGUCCGGGUCCAAGCCGGUGCAGACAGCCCUACUUCCCAGGAGAGAUCGGCACCGGCGACAAGCCCAGUUUCUUAGACCGCCGGUUAAGUGAUCGGUUAUUUUAUUUCCUUUCAUACUCAGGGAAAGAAAACACCCACUGAGGUCCUCGACGCGGAGGAUUCUGCGAGCGAUAGAACAAACGCAUAAGACGUCUGGAAUAAAUAUUACCCAUCGCCGUUGGAGAGUUGCCGAUGCGCCAGCUGACCAUGUCAAACAACUUUUUGCUCACACCGAUUCCGGAGACAACGGAUUACUUUUUACACCGGGAUAUUAAGAUUGCGGUGCUGGGAACCAGCGGAGUGGGCAAAACAGCCAUGGUGGUGCGGUUUCUCACCAAGAGAUUCAUCGGCGAUUACGAGCCCAACACCGGGAACCUGUAUUCCAGACUGGUGCAUCUGGAAGGCGCGCCGCUGUCUGUUCAGAUCCAGGACACCCCGUGCGUCCAGAUGAGUGGAGACGGAGCUCGGAUUCCAGACAUGGUCGCUCGAAGUAUCCAGUGGGCCGACUGCUUUCUCCUGGUGUACUCCAUCACGGACUACUGCAGCUAUGAGGCCAUUCAGUGCCUGCACCAGCACAUCCGCCAGGCGCACCCGGAGUGCAAAGCGCCCGUGGCCGUGGUGGCGAACAAGGGCGACCUGCUGCACGCCCGGCGGGUCCCCGCGCACGAGGGGCUGAGGCUGGCCAGCGAGCUGGGCGCCGUCUUCCUGGAGCUCUCCACCAGCGAGACCUACGAGGACGUCAGCGACGUGUUCGCGCACCUGUGCAAGGCGGCGUGCAAGCAGCAGGCGCAGUGCAUCCUGGGCGAGAAGCGCCGGGGCUCCGUCAUCCCCCGGCCCAAGUCCCCCAACAUGCAGGACCUCAAGCGGCGCUUCAAGCAGGCGCUGUCCUCCAAGGCCAAGCCCGCUUUGUGAUGAAGGGAGGAAGGAAGGAAACGGGGCUGUCGCUCGGAGACUUCGUCCCCGUAGUCAAACCGUCAGCGUGAACAGUUUGCUCAUCCUUCGCAAACGGGGGAACCCAAGUUUCUUGUAUUUUUUUUCUAAUAUCAAUAUGUACAGAUAUGUAUAUAUAGCGUGUAAAGAUAUUUAUUUUUGUACCAUUCUAUUUCUUAUUGCUCUUCCCUUUUUUUUCAAAAUCGUCUUUUUAAGAUGAAUGAUAGAAAUAAAAUGUUUUACGAUGU